CAGCAGCUGCAAACACAGAGGUUCUCCGGAAAAGCGUCAAGCCCUGGGAGGUUUCUGGAGGGCAGAGGUGAGCACGCAGAGGGUGGGAUGGGGUCUGUGAGCACAGAUACAGAGAAAGAGCUCUGCUCUUCUGUAGUAGGAGACGGGAUCCAGACAAUUCCCUUCCAGCGUCUCCAGUGCAGACGCCUGCCUCUAAGCAUGCCCCGUUGUCUCCUCUCCCACCCAACAGAGUCCUCUACCCUCAAGGCCAUGGGGUCUAAGGCAUGUGUCAUCUCUGCAGCCAGAUCUCCAGCAGAAGAGAGUUGCAUCUCUGCCACAACAUGCCCUUUUCCUGCUGCAUGACAAAGGGGCUGAGAGCAACUGGCCGGCAAUGUCGCCACUGGAAGGUGGUGCACACACCUAGUCACCCAUCCCUGGAAGGACCAAAUGUCCAACGUCAGCUGCACCAUCGAGUUCGUUCUCCUGGCAUUUGCAGACACACGGGAGCUGCAGCUCUUGCACUUCGGGCUCUUCCUGGCCAUCUACCUGGCUGCCCUCCUGGGCAACGGCCUCAUCAUCGGCGCUGUAGCCUGUGACCACCACCUCCACACCCCCAUGUACUUCUUCCUCCUCAACCUCUCCCUCCUUGAUCUGGGCUCCAUCUCCACCACUGUCCCCAAAUCCAUGGCCAACUCCCUCUGGGACACCAGGGUUAUUUCCUACUGUAGAUGCGCUGCCCAGGUCUUUUGGUUUCUCUUCUUUGUUUCUUCAGAAUACUAUCUUCUCACCGUCAUGGCCUAUGACCGCUACGUUGCCAUCUGCAAACCCCUGCACUACGGGACCCUCAUGGACAGCCGAGCUUGCAUCAAAAUGGCAGCAGCUGCCUGGGGUGGUGGUUUCCUCAACGCGGUGAUUCACACUGGAAACACAUUUUCACUACCCCUCUGCCAAGGCAAUGCUGUGGGCCAGUUCUUCUGUGAAAUCCCCCAGCUCCUCAAGCUCUCCUGCUCGGACUCCUAUGUCAGGAAAGCUGGGUUUACUGUGGUCAGUCUUUGUGUAGCUUGCGGGUGUUUUCUGUUCCUUGUCCUGUCCUAUGUGCAGAUCUUCAGGGCCGUGCUGAGGAUCCCCUCUGAGCAGGGGCGGCACAAAGCCUUUUCCACGUGCCUCCCUCACCUGGCCGUGGUCUCCCUGUUUGCCAUCUCUGCCAUGUUUGCCUACCUGAAGCCUCCCUCCAUCUCGUCCCCUUCCCUAGAUCUGGUGGUGGCUGUUCUGUAUGCAGUGGUGCCUCCAGCAGUGAACCCCCUCAUCUACAGCAUGAGGAACCAGGAGCUCAAGGAGGCACUAAAGAGACUCAUCCACUGUCUGCUGUUGCAGCAGGAAUAA